GCGCAAGGACCCUCAGUAGCAGUGGCGACACGGCCAGACACACACAGGGGCUGGUUCUCUCCUGCCCACAACACAACCACCUGCACCACCAUGAAUGCUUCCCGCACUGCCAGCUCGCUCUGCACCGCCCGCGUCUUGUGUUAGUGACUGAGCAGUGCUUGUGACACAGUGGCCGUGUUUAACAGUUUUAGUGGCUCUACAGCAGACUGUGCUUACCGUGUUAUGAUGUACGAGAGCAGUAGAGAACGAACAGUGAAGUAGUGUCUGGAAACUGGAGUAGCCAAGCUCAUACAGUAACUGCGUAGUGUGCAAGUCCUUAAUUACCUACCAAUCUACAACAAAUUCACAGUGAAAUAUAAAACACAAGGAGAACCGCACUUCUCGUACCUUCGGGAACAAGCUGGUGCCUUCUUACACCCAACAAGACCCCGCGCACGAACUGCACAUCUGAUAUUGUACGCCUGAAUGCCCGAGUGGUCCAUCUCAGUAGAGUCUUGCGAGUACCAAGAGGCCACUUACACCUUCACCGCCAACAUGGUGCUACAUACCGUGAACGAGGAAGACACCCUCCGGGAGAAGGUCAUGAAGAAGAAGUAUUUCUGCAAGAACAACAAGAGGAAGAAGCAACAGCCCUUCCCUGAUAAUGACACCUUUAAGUUCUCGGACUACGACUGUAUUGGCUUCGACCUGGACAACACCAUCUGCAGGUACAAGGUCGGGGAGAUCUUGAGGCUCGAGUAUAACCUCAUCGCUGACUACAUGGUGAAUCGUUAUGGCUACGAACCGGAGUUGUUGUUGCCCCUUGACGACGACAUGGACUUCCUGCAGAAGGGACUCAUCAUGGAUAUUAAGAGAGGGAACUUCCUCAAGUGUUCAGACAACGGCCGCAUCCUUCGUGCCACCCACGGGACGCGACCCAUGACCAGAGAUGAAAUUCAUGACACGUACGGGAAGGAUAGGAUCUGGGAGCCCGUCCUCGAGUUCAUGAGGACGCUGAGUGAUCAUCCUGUAUCCGGUGAGGUUCCAGUUUUGCGAUCCUUCAAGGAUUACUUUGAUAUGCCAGCAGCCGUCGCCUGUGCACGGGCGAUUGACGCACAGGACAGCUCACCUGAGGGACCCCUGGAGGAAUACGACAUCUGGCCAGACGUCCACGUUGCCAUGUGCAAUAUGUAUCGCAGGGAACAUUUUCGCAAUGACUUGGGAGGAUUCUUCCCGGAGAUGAAGACCUCCCCAGAGAAGUACAUUUACGAGGCCAGCGAAAAACUGAAGAAAUGGCUCAAGUCAAUCAAUGAACACACUUUUACAUUCCUCAUAUCUGGAUCAAGUAUCGACUAUGCAUCACAUUGCGCCAGAUACGUCCUGGGUCCAGACUGGCGGGACUACUUCGACACGAUGAUAUGCACAGCCAAGAAGCCCGGGUUCUUCAGCAUGGAGAGACCUUUUCGCUUCCUCGUAGGUGCAGACGACGCCGAAGAAGUUCCCGCACAUAAGCUACGUAUUGAUGGGACCUACUCAGGAGGUAACUGGAAUGACCUGCUGAACCUGGUGAAGCGUGAGACCUGCGUGGAGAACCCUCACUGCCUAUACGUCGGGGACCACCUCGCCCAGGACGUGAUGGCGCCUUCGUUGAGAGGGAUCGACACCGUGGCCAUCGUGGAGGAGCUGGCGGCUGAGGGUAUGAUCGGAGACGCCAUGGACCAUGACUCCGGUUGCGACCUGAUGAGCUCCUUCUGGGGGUCGUUCUUCACCACGGAGACCGACAACAGCAUCUUGGGGGUCGAGCGCGUCAACACUCUGUACGCCAGCUUGCCCCUCCGACACGCCCGUCUAGCCGUGCCCUCCCUGGAGGCGGUGGCACGGAACCCCAUCAAGCAUCAGUACGAAGCCUUCAGUCAGGACACGUCUGGCUUCUUUCCUGGUGAUCCGGUCAUCCUUCACUUCUAAGGGCUGUGUGCGCACUUGUCCUGUACAUCAUUAUCUGUAAACAGAUUGAUGUGUUGUCAGUGUGUUGGAAGCCGUCCGUCUCCCCAUACACCUGCCAACUGCUUCACAUCUCGUGCGUGUUGUCACUCGUCAGGGUAGAGGAGCCUCUUGUAUAUUAUAAACAAAACAUUAAUACAUUUGGCAGAGCUUCAACAGCCGUUAACUUGUUUAUGUACGGGAAAUAAGUUUACUUAUUUACUUAUUACAGCAUUGAUAGGCUCCAAUAUAUA